CAGUUUCGCUUUGUUAGCGCUGAAAUUCAGUUCGAAUUGUUCAUUUAAACUCAUGACUAAUAUCGCGAGAGAUUCAUUUAUUAAAAACUUUUAAUACUUACAAUGCAUAAUUAACGAUAAAGUUAAAAAAUCGAAGUAGUAAAAAAUAAUUAGUAAUUACUUCGAAGCUUUCCUUUAGGUUUACCAUACAAAUAAUAUAUCAAUAUUAUUAGAAGCAACAAAGACGAUGUUCCCUAAUUAACUAUCACUGAAAAACAAAAUUUAUCAGAAUUAAAUUCCGAAGAUGACGCGGUUGUACAGCCAUAAAGUACUACUAAACUUUUUUAAUCUUCUUUUUUUGUUUUGCGGAAUUAUACUCGUUUCUUCUGGUUUGUACCUCUUCAACGAUCCAAAACGUAUUCUUCUCUCACGAUUGCUAGCCGCAACAAGUGAACAACUCAACAACUUGCCUCAACCUUUGUUUUACUACAUUUCGAUCGGCUUGACUGUGGUGGGAUUGCUGGUGGUCAUUGCAGCCUUAGUUGGGUUUUGGGCGUCAUGUUUAGACACUUACUAUUGUCUUGGCUUUUACUUUCUCGCUGUGGUAAUCUUGUUCCUAACUGAGUCGAUGAUAUGUCUAGCCAUCAUUUUGUGGCCACACUGUCUAGGCAUUACCUUGGAUGAGUCAAAAAUGGUAAAAAUACUACAAGGCUUUUAUGGUGUGCCCGGAAAAGAGCAGCUUACUAAUGCCAUAGAUUUAGCACAAGCAAGUUUUGGUUGCUGUGGUAUGAAUAGCGUUAUCAACUAUGACACCUCUCUCUGGAAAUUGCAGCGUUACGGUCAGCGAGAGUGGGUGGUACCUCUAACCUGUUGCAUUUUGAUGAAUAACAAUGACAUACUGUAUUAUUUGGAUCCAAAACCUGUAAACGAAACACAAUGCCAAAUGCUGCAGGAGACUGAGUUUUCUGAAUAUCGUCACUCAAUACCUUGCCUCAAGUAUUUGGACAAUUGGUACCGCGAGCAGUACUUAGUAUUCUUGAGUGCUAGCCUCAUCCUUGCCAUUGUACAGAUUUGUGUGUUAUUAUCCAUAAUUGUUAAUUGCUCGAAUGUACCUAGCAAAAAAGUAGAAGAAAAAAAGAUGUCUGAGUUGCGAAAACCGCCCACAGAAACACAUCAUACGCUGGUGAAAAAUAUUUACGAACAAGAUUUAGCCUUACAAUCAUUGAGAAAAUAUAGGUAACGUGUUCGCACUUAGAUUCGAAAGAGGUAUAUGUUCAACUUCGUAAUCUGCACAAACAUCGUCGUAGCACUACUUUCAAACCAUUUGUAAGUGAUAAUUCGAAAUAAGGUUACGUAUUUAAAUUUUAUAUAAUUUGUUAUAUAUUUAUAUAAUAUAUACAUACAUUUUUAAAUCGGUGUCAUCUUCUUCAAUGUGAUUCAAAUAGACAAAGCGAUUAAUAAAUAUAAAAAUAGAAUAUUUUUCAAAUAGAAAAAAUAGAAUUUUCGGUAAAUUUUUGUCAGAUUAAUGGAAAUUUCUCUUCAUAGGAAGCAAGGAGUAACGUUGUUGGGUAUCUUCAGGGUGGUCAAAGACAGAUUGAAGAC